AUGUCUGCCAGCGCUUUUUCGCCGCCCGUGCCGCCCGGCUCGUCGCCCCUUCGCGACGCGCCGGGCGCCCGGCGCGCGCGGCCGCGCUUCGCCGUGGCCUGCGUGGAGGAAGGCGAGCGGCACGCGGCGCCUGCGGGGCAUCCGGAGUGCACGGAGCGGCUGCGGGCCUGCGUGGCAGGCCUCACCAUGGCGGGCCUCUGGCCCCACCUGCGGCGCCUCGAGCGGCGCCGCGCCUCCGACGCGGAGCUGCGUCUGGCGCACAGCGCGGGGCACCUGGCGCGGCUGAAGGCGGCGGUGGCCAAAGCACGGAGGACGCGGCUGGUGUGGCUGCCAAGAGGAACAGGCCCUCAGGCGGAGGAGGAGGGCGACACCUUCGUGACCGGCACGUCCCUGGAAGCCGCGCGCUUUGCCGUGGGAGGCCUCCUGGCGCUGGUGGACGCCGCGCUCUGCGGGAAGUGCCUUCGGGGCAUGGCCUUCUGCCGGCCGCCGGGGCACCAUGCAGGGGCCGAAGGCUCGGAGGGUUUCUGCCUGGUGAAUAAUGUGGCGGUGGCGGCGAGGUAUGCGCUGGCCAAGUACCCCAAAGAGGUGCGGCGGGUGAUGGUCCUGGAUUGGGACGUGCACCACGGGCAGGGCACUCAGGAGAUCUUCUGGCGGGAUGGGCAUGUGCUCACCGUCAGCUGCCACGCGCACGCCGAGCGCUUCUACCCGCAGUCUGGGCGUCCGGAGGAAAUCGGCGAGGAUGCCGGGCGCGGGUACAAUGUGAACGUGGCAUUGCCCGCUGGGUACACCGAUGCCUGCCUCCAGCACGCCUUUGCGGAGGUGGUGCUGCCGGCGCUGAGAAGCUUCGCGCCGGACCUGGUGCUGGUGAGCUGCGGCUUCGACCACCUGGCGGGGGACCCGCUGGGGGUCGGGCAGUGCAGCGCGGAGGGCCUGGCGAGGCUGGCGGCCGAGGUGGCCCGCUGUGCGCCGCGCUUGGCGCUGGCGCUGGAGGGCGGCUACGACUUUCCGCUGCUGGCGGAGGGAGUGGGGUGCCUGGUGCGGGCGCUCGCGGAGAGGCCGCCCCGCCCUCUGUCAGCAAAACCGCCGCCCUGCGCGGCUCCUCUCCCUGCCUCUGCCGCGGCGGUGCGGGCGACGCGGCGCGCGCACGCCGGGCUCCCGCUACGCCUGGCAGAGCCCCGGGUCUACUGCUGCGAGAAGGCGAAGCUGGGCUGCCUGGAGAUCGACUUCAACAGAUCCGACCCGGUGCGGGAGUGCAACGGCUACCAGACGGAAAUGUCAGAGUGCAGCGCAGCAGACUGCGAGGGCUGCGUGCCGCAGAACUGCGUGUGGGGCGAUUGGUCCGCCUGGGUGGCGAAGGAAGACUGCACAGGCCUUUGCACGCGCUCGCGGUCGGUGGCCGUGGAGAACAACGAGUGCGGGGACCCUUGUGAGGGCACACAGGUGGACUCCAAGUCGGGCCCCGAGUGCCUCACCGCCGCCUGCGCUGCGGCGCGGGAGAGCAAGGACUGCGAGUGGGCGCCCUGGUCCGAGUGGUCCGCCUGCGACACUCUGCUCGCGCAGAGCUUCCGCGAGCGGGAGGUGAACUCCCAGAGCGUCUUGGGGGGCGCGUCCUGCACUGGUAGCUUCAAGGAGACGCACCCCUGCGGGACGUCUGAAGACCAGGAACGGGACUGCGCCGUCUCAGAGUGGGGCGAGUGGACCGCCUGCAGCGUCUCCUGCGGGGGCGGAUCGCAGGCGUCCCUGCGGCGAUUCUCGCAGCGCGCGGGCGUGCGGGGCAGUCCUUGCAUCGAUGACCUGCGGAAGACGAAGAGCUGCGCAGAGGAGAAGUGCCCCGGGCGCGGACGCCAAGCCUUUAGCUGUCGCAAAAUCCGCGCCAUGGCGGAGAAUCUGGAGGGCUCGUUCCUGGCAAACAAGGAAUGGCAGUAUUCCAUGGAGGAGCGGUCUGGCUGGCUGCCUGCCAACGCCCAGGACGCCAGCGACGCCAGCGACGAGAUGGUGGACAGCCAUCCCUGGACGCGGCGGGCGGUGGAGAAGAACCCCCGGUUCCCGGGCUACGUGCCCCCUGAGGCGCUCUUCUGCUGGACGGAGCCCGAUUUUGCCAGCUACGUGAACAGCGGGGGCUUUGUGAAGCCCAAGAUGAGGUGUCAGUACUACAUCUCCCCCGAGAACCCCCAGAGCAUCGUGGACCUCCUAGAGCCCACCCUGAGUGAGCUGAACUGGAGCUGCACCGUGGACUCCCACACGGGCCGGGAGGACACCCUCGCCCAGGUGACGGAUUACAUGGGGAUGCCGGUGCCAACGCUCAAGAAGCAGGAGGACGGCAGCCUGGAGGUGGUGAAGCCCCGGGAGGACGUGGCCCCCAUCUUCAUCUGGGAGUCUAGCAGGAGCAUGAUCAACCACGGGCCCACCUUGAAGUUCCACGGCCUAGUGAAUCGCCUCAGCGGGGUGCACAUGUUCACCAAGGUGGGCAUGCUGGAGCUGAUUCGCGAGCGUUGCAUCGAGCGGGACAUCCCCAUCAACUUCCCUCCGCCCUGGUAUCCCCUGACCUUCGUGCUGCCGGACGACCUGGAGCAGUGGAAGCGGCACGCGGAGUCCCACCCGCACAAGAAGUGGAUCUACAAGCCCAAUGGUGAGGCCAUGGGCAGAGGCAUCAUCCUCGUAGGCAAGAUCUCGGACGUGGACUCCAGAGAACGGCCCUUCCGGACCCGGUGCAAGAACGUGGAGGUGUUCGACCCCAAGGAACCGCCGUUGAAAGAGCGGGACUUUGGGAACUACGGGGUCAUCCAGGAGUACAUGGUGAACCCAUUGCUUCUGGAGAACCGGAAGUUCGCGGUGCGGGUCUACAUGCUUGUGGCCCGCACAAAGCCUCUGCUAGUGUUCCACUACAACUUCGGGUACAUCAAGCGGUGCGGGGAGUUCUACGACGAGAACAAGUUCAACCGGGAGGACCUGUUCCGGCACAUCACGAACCAGGAGUUCCAGAAGAAGCAGGACGACUUCACCACCUCCGCGGCCGCGGAGCUGAUGUCCAUCGAGCACCUGGACAGAUACCUCCAGGAGAACUACGGCAUUCCCGCCUUCCGGCUGAACUUCUGGCAGCAGGUGAAGAGCAUUUGCAUGGAGGUCUGUCUGGGCAUGAAGGAGGGCAUCGCGGAGAAGGGCAAGCUGGGUCAGUUCGAAGUCUUUGGCAUGGACGUGAUCGUGGACGCGGACCAGCGGGUCUACAUGCUGGAGGCGAACCGAGACCCCUCGUGGGUCAUGGACACGCAAGUCAAGAAGGCCAUCAUCCCUGACAUGGUCCGGGAAAUGAUGGAGAUCGUGCUUUGGGCGCACAGCGACGAGGGGAAGAACAAAGAGGCCAUGCUGCAUUCUCCGAUGAGAGGCUUCGAGGUACUGAUCGACGAGGCGUUCGACUUCCAAGCCGUCGACGUGGAGUGA